CUGGGGCUGGGAGCCUCCGCGUCUCUCUCCCCUCCCUUUGGGGGCGCUGGUGGGGCGGCGUCCAUGGGCUCCGUUGGGGUCCCCCUUCUGUUGCUGGCGGGGGCGCUGGCCCGGAUCCCCGGAAGCGAAGGGGGGCAGGAGACGCCCGCCCAUUUCCUUCUCCAGUGGAAGCUCGAGUGCCAUUUCUUCAACGGGACGCAGCGGGUGCGGUUCCUGGACCGGAGCAUCUACGACCGGCAGGAGAUCGACUACUUCGACAGCGACCUCAGGAAAUUCGUGGCCAUCACUCCGUUGGGGCAGCCCGAUGUGGACAUGUGGAACAGUGAUAAGGUCUAUCUGCAGUACCUGAGGGCCGAAGUGGAUUCCGUCUGCCGGCACAACUACAGGGUGUACAACUACGAGGUGGCCAAGAGGGAGGAGCGUCUGAUUGGCCGGAGAGCCAAGCCCACCAUCUCCAUCUCCCCCACCAAGCUGGAUCCCACUUCCCCUAACACCAUCCUCCUCUGCAUUGCGAGGGGCUUCUACCCUGUGGAGAUCGAGAUCCAGUGGCUGAAAAAUGGCCAGCCGGAGGAGGAGGGCGUGGCCUUUGGGGAGGAGCUCCAGAACGGAGACUGGACCUACCAGUUCCAGGUGAUGCUAGAGACCCAGCCCCAGUGGGGGGACGUCUACACCUGCCAGGUGGAGCAUGCCAGCCUGGAGGCCCCGAUCACCAUCAAGUGGGAGCCCCGAUCCUCCAAUUCUGCCAGGAGCAAACUCUGGACGGGGAUUGUGGCAGCCAUGAUCGGGUUGAUCUUCUUUGCAAUGGGGCUCUCCCUUUACCUGAAGAGCAAGAAAGCACUUGUGAAUUAAUCCUGCCGUCCUUCCUGAUUCCUGAUGGGAAAGGAAGGUUUUUUUUCCAGUAGCUGAUGAAUUUCUGUCUUUCUUGCAAUGUCUGAAAAAUGGAGGCUCAAGUUUUUAGAUUGGGGAGAGGAGGAGAAUGGCAGCCUGGAGCUUCUCCUGCUGAGACCCCUCUGGCUUUCCUUUGAAGGCCUCUCUUUCUUGGGAGGGAGGAAGGGAGGGAGACCAUCAAGACUGACCUCAGGGACUCCGGGCCUGCCUGUCACUCCAGACAUCCAACUAUGCUUUGAACCCACAGCAGCUUCAUCUCCAUCACUCUUCCUCCGAAUCCCUUCCCUUUGCAAUAAAAGAAUAAAAUUUAGAUUGUAGGAAAAUGCAGUAAUUUUUCCUUUCUUCCUCUUCCUCCUCCUCUUUCCUGCCCCUCAGGAGAGUCCCCCCUUCUCCCCUCCCCCUCCCUGGAUUGACCAUCCCGCCUAGUUUAGGCCUGAAAGGAGUAGAUUAGUAAUGAGAAAUUUCUAAUGAGUCUAAAGGUGGACAGAAGAAGCCACCUGAAAGUCAUAAAUUCAGACAAAUAAGAAAAGCAGAGGUUGCUAGCUAACUGAAACCGCAAGAAGAGGAAACACAAAAACUGAGGAUAAAGUUUAGAGCUUAAGGCGCCAAAGGUAUAACCACAAACAACUGUAGAGAUCAUUAUAAGAAUUGAGCUUUGUUUACAGAAUAUUAGAUGGUGAUAGAUAGAAUGUGCUGAAAGGGGCUUCCUGGAAUGUGGGGAGGGGGACAGUAUUUUUAGGUGGUCCGGAUAGUUUAUCGAAUGAUUAGGGAAGGGGCGUUGAGUGCGAUAGGGGAGGGGGGAGUCUGCCUCGGGGGUAGGAUAUAAAAAUGUGUGAAACAGCUCUUGAAGGUGUGGCUGGACUCCUCCGUAUGUUUCAGCUCACCAAGUCUUUGCAAAUGCUUCUUUUGAAAUAAAACUUUGUUGCUG